CAUAUCGUGCCGGACGUUUGACGAUAUAUUUGAGAGUAUUUCGCGUUUUGCGGGUGAUUUACUGUCGUAAGUUUUCAGAGUAAAUGGUUAUUGUUAUUGUUAUGAUAACAAUGGUUUUAAUUAGUUAAGUUUGGUGAUUUUGUGAUAUUUAUUGGGGAUUUUCAUUUUUUUAUUUAUUCAAAAGAAUGUUCAUUAAUUUUUGAAGAUGACUCGGAUAUCAUCAAGGUGAUAUGCAGCAAAAUCUGAUCUGGACGGCCCUGGCGGGCGUGUGGAUUAUUUUGAUUGUCAGCCAAGCGAAAGAACAAUUUUAUUACGACAAUAGAACGAUAGAGACCGCGAUAAAUUAUCCAAUAACUCACGAUGAAUCAGUUUCGCCACCAUAUGAUUUGUCAUCCAGUUCGUCGAUCGCAUUAACCAGCUCACCAACUCGGAAUUCUAUUACCGUUAAAAGCUACCGUGUUAAUAUAACUUUGAAAACGCGUAAUCAAAUUUUCAGCGACACAUCAAAUUCAUCCGUUGAAAAAAUCGCGAUUCAAACGACAGCGAAUCCCAGUGAUACAUUAAACGUGUUAUCAUACCCGCGGGUGAAUAAAUUUAAAACAAUUGAAAGCAACCCAAAAACAACACACCAAGAAAUGACCACAAUAAAAACUAAUUUUAUUGAAGCAUCAACAAACAUUCUCUUAACUACUCCAAUAAAAUCUUCCAGGCAACCGCAUUUUCUGAUUCAAAAUCAUGAUAAUGGGCUUCAAGUUCCCGCCAAUAAAAUCACGCAUUCAGGAAGUAAUCUGAAAAGUAAUAAAGAUAAAAAUAACAAUGGAUUGGAUAAACAUGUUGAAUUUAGAACAACGUCAGAAGUGUCAGAAAUGAAUAACAGUGGAUUACUUUCGUUGAAAAAUGGUGAAUCUGGUGAGCAAAAUGAAGAUUUAUCACCAGAAACUUAUACUAGUUUACAAGACCCGAAUGUAAGUGCUAACAACACCUUAAAAAAGUUUAAGGAGGCAGAAAAUGAGCAUCAGAAACAGAAAAACAGAGUAUUGGGUAAAGUACUGGGGAAUUUGUUUGGAAAGUUGGUACGUGAUAAACCGCCAACAAGCUCGGCUAAUGAAAAGCCUCGAAGAAACUAUUUGGAGGCAUUUGUUACCAGCAAACCGUUUGGGUUAAUGCCUUCGGAUGCUACCAUCUGGAAAGUUGAUAAAAAUAGCUCUAACUAUUGGGUAUCGAGUUCUGAUUAUUUUCUGACCAAUACUGACAUAGAUUCUGACCUUAUUCGUUCAAUUCCCAACGAUUCUGAUCAAGGGACUGAUGUUCCCUUCACUGCAUCGGGAAUAAAUGAAGAGACUAAGGAAAAUAAUUCGACGAUUUUCAUCAAUGUGGAUGAAAGUGUAACCAGCCGGUCAGAAGAUAGCCUUUCUUUGCUGAGGACUAGAGAGAAUGAUUCUAAGGAGAAUCUGACGAAUGUCAAGACAAGAGACAGUGAAACCUUGGGUGGUUGGAAUAACAAAGAGAAAUUGCUACCAAGUAACCAAGUGACUGACGGAAAGCAGCUUUCGGAAGAUAAAUGGAAUUCCGGUACACCGCUGUCAGAAGGUUUGAGCUCUGACUUGUUGAAUUCAAAGGGAGAGUUGCAAAAUUCGUUACUGCUGAACAAAACUUCGACAGAAGCUUUCAACUUGCGAAGUUUAGGAAUCAAUGUUACUGAAAAGGAAAGUCCUGGUGGACAUUUUUCACACAAUAACGCCUCUGAUGCUUUAAAGACCGGUCUUGAUAUGGGGUAUUAUGAGGAAAACGAAUUCCAAUUGUCCAACGCUUCAAAGGACUCCUUGUUGGAAGCCAAAGGAAAUAGCGAUCUUUUAGUGCUUGAUGAUACUACGAGAAACUGGACGGUUGGCAGUGAAGGAAAAUCGGCUACAAAGGUUCCAGUGUCCAGUAAGUUAGUUUUAAAAGUGGGUGGUUCUAAUUUGAAGAAGGGGAAUGAAACUAAUUUUGGUGUUAUCAAAAGCACUCAGAUUGCAGCAGAAACGGGGAAAAUAAAGUCAAAUGGAAACCAAAGCCUCGCUACGGUAAAUCAAUGGCCGGUGAAGCACAGUGUUAUCGUCGAGGGUGAUUUGGUGCUGGGGGGCUUAAUGAUGGUCCACGAGAGAGAAGACACUAUCACGUGCGGUCCAGUUAUGCCGCAGGGUGGCGUUCAAGCACUUGAAGCUAUGCUAUUCACGUUGGAUUGGCUCAGCAAACAACAAUUUAUUCCUGGUGUUAAAAUUGGCGCCCACAUUCUCGAUGAUUGUGAUAAGGACACUUAUGGAUUGGAAAUGGCUGUUGAUUUCAUCAAAGGAUCUAUAAGCAACAUUGAUGGCGCCGAGUAUCACUGCAACAAAAGCACCGUACGAAAAGUUAUCAGUGGUGUUGUCGGAGCAGCUUCCUCAGUAACUUCUAUCCAAGUCGCUAAUCUUUUACGGCUCUUCCGAAUACCACAAGUAUCUUUUUUUUCAACGAGCCCCGAGCUGUCAAACAAACAACGAUUCGAGUAUUUCACAAGAACGAUACCCAGCGAUCACUAUCAGGUCAAGGCCAUGGUUGAUAUUAUCAGAAAAAUGGGCUGGAGUUACGUUUCGAUCGUUUACGAGGAGAGCAAUUAUGGAAUUAAGGCUUAUGAAGAAUUGGAAGAACUUCUCGCAAAACACCAAAUUUGCAUCGCAAUAAAGGAAAAACUAGUUAAAGAUUCAGGAGUUGCCGAAGAAAUAGCUUACGACAAUAUAGUGCAGAAAUUGUUGACUAAGCCGCGAGCUCGAGGAUGCAUUAUCUUCGGGUCUGACCAGGAAGUGGCUGAAAUGAUGAGAGCAGUCCGGCGCAAUAAUGCAACUGGUGCAUUUUACUGGAUAGGGAGCGAUGGCUGGAGCGCCCGCGGGCUCGUUAGCAAUAAAAAUGAACCUGAGGUUGAAGGUACUUUGUCAGUACAGCCACAAGCUAAUCCUGUUGUGGGGUUUGAAGAGUAUUUUCUGAAUCUCACUGUUGAAAAUAAUAGACGCAAUCCUUGGUUUGUUGAAUUUUGGGAAGAUCACUUUCAAUGUCGCUACCCGAACUCUUCGCGUACGCCCUACAAUAAAAAAUACAAAACAGCUUGUACGACCAAAGAAAGACUCACUAAAGAAAACACAGCUUUUGAAGAUCAACUACAGUUUGUUUCUGAUGCAGUUAUGGCAUUCGCUUUUGCAUUCAGGGACAUGCAUAAGGAUCUUUGUCAAGGAGAAUCGGGCCUUUGUGAAGCUAUGAAGCCAACAAAAGGGACCGAGCUGCUGAAAUAUUUACGCAAAGUUAAAUUUCAAGGUCUCAGUGGAGAUCAAUUUCACUUUGAUAAAAACGGCGAUGGACCUGCUAGAUACAAUAUUAUACAUUUCAAACAAGUAUCACCCGGCGAGUACAAGUGGGUACGCGUUGGAAAAUAUUUGGAAGGAGAACUACGGUUGAACAUGUCCGAAAUAAAAUUCCGGCUUGACAAUUCAGAACCUCCAGAAAGCGUGUGUUCAUUACCUUGCAGAAUAGGCCAGGCAAAAAAGUACGUCGAAGGAGAAAGCUGCUGCUGGCAUUGUUUUGAUUGUACCCAGUAUCAAAUCCGGCACGCAACCGAUCACACUCGCUGCGUCGAAUGUCCUCAAGGAACAUUUCCCGACGAGAAGCACUCCUCUUGCCGCGACAUACCCCAAGAGUUUUUGAAAUUCGACAGUGGAUGGGCCAUCGGUGCAAUGACAUUUUCCGCCAGCGGAAUUCUCGUAACUCUGUUCGUCGGCGGAGUAUUUCUAAAACACAAUGACACCCCAAUUGUCCGAGCUUCUGGACGAGAACUCUCCUACGUCCUUUUAACUGGGAUAUUAUUGUGCUACUUGGUAACAUUCACCCUCAUUCUAAAACCCACGGACAUUGUAUGCGGAAUUCAGAGGUUCGCAGCUGGAUUUUGCUUCACAGUAGUCUACGCAGCGUUGCUAACAAAGACAAACCGGAUAUCCCGUAUCUUUAACAAAAGCAAGAAGAGCGCAAAAAGGCCGUCGUUUAUAUCCCCGCGAUCACAGCUGAUAAUUUGCUCGCUUCUUGUCGGAGUGCAGAUUCUUAUAAACAUCGUAUGGAUGGCGAUUGAUCCUGCCCGAGCUAAGCAUCAUUAUCCCACUCGCGAAGAUAAUCUCCUUGUAUGCAACAGCCAUAUUGACGCCAGCUACAUGAUAGCCUUUACCUACCCCAUUAUUUUGAUUAUCGUUUGCACGGUCUAUGCAGUCUUGACUCGCAAGAUUCCCGAAGAUUUUAACGAAAGCAAGCACAUUGGAUUCACAAUGUAUACAACAUGUGUUAUUUGGCUGGCGUUCGUACCACUGUUCUUCGGGACAGGCAAUCAUGUUGCGCUUAGAAUAACAUCAAUGUCCGUUACAAUAAGCCUCUCAGCAUCAGUUACAAUAGCUUGUUUAUUCAGUCCCAAGCUGUACAUAAUACUAAUCCACCCUGAAAGGAACAUCAGACGAGGCAGAGGACCUUUCGCAGCUCCGAAGCAUUCAACAAUUGGCAGAACGAACGCUUCAAGUAUGAUCUCCACAGUAACGCUGACUGCUGUAACCUGUGAUCAGAAUAAAACCAUCAAAGGGCACACCAACGUCACCACCAAUGACUCUUCGACCCAAAGUGAGAUGCACGAAAUAGAGCUGAAGGACUGCAAGAACGGGAGAGUCCUCACUUCCGGGGUGACUAGGUCAACCCAGACUUCCCUCAACAACAAUGAGACCGUCAAUGACGAUAAAUUAAAUGACCUCGGAAGCGCUAACGCUAAAAUUGGAAACGGACCUGGUGUUAAGAAAGACGUGGCUUUAUAGCAGAACAUCGGCUCCUUGAUAAGUCGGAGCGAACUGCCCAAUAUCCUUCUUAAAGCCAAUCUUGUUCCUAUUUCUAAGGAACCGGUUCAAGUUUAAUUCUAAGUUUAGGUGUAAUUAUUAUUAAUUAUCUGUUAAUUAUUAUCACAUAUCUGAUUGAAUACUCGUUAAGAUCUGUCUCAACGUUCAAACGUAAUUUUAUCUAUCGAUCGUUUGAUCUUUUAUUUAUAUCAAUUUUAGGACCAGAAGGAAAAUUUUUAAAAUUUUAAUUUUAUUUCUAUUUAUUUUCGUAAG